ACCAGACGAUUUUUUUACGUGGAAAAGUAACCUGUUGAUGUGUCCAUCUCAGGAGAAAACUGAAAAUGCCGCUGGAUGAAGAGAAGAAUGGAGCAUGCGAUAGGUCUAUAUAUGUGAACAAUCCCCAUUUAGACUCCAUGACAGAUGACAUCCUUUACCAUUUUAACCUGGGAACAUCCACUCACGACUUGGCAGCGAUAUUUGGAGAUGUCAAAUUUGUGUGCGUAGGGGGAAGUCCAUGGAGGAUGAAGUCUUUCACUGAAUACAUUGCCAAAGAACUGGGGCUUUCAGACCCCAACGCAGAAUAUCCAAAUAUAUGUGCAGGAACCGAUCGCUACGCUAUGUACAAAGUUGGACCUGUGCUGUCUGUCAGUCAUGGCAUGGGCAUCCCAUCAAUCUCUAUAAUGUUGCAUGAGCUUAUCAAGCUCCUGUACCAUGCCCGCUGCACUGAUGUCACCGUAGUGCGCAUCGGAACGUCAGGUGGAAUAGGUUUAAAGCCAGGGACUGUGUUGAUUACCAAACAGUCGGUGGAUUCUGUGUUUCAGCCUCGCCUUGAGCAGAUCAUCCUGGGUAAACCAGUGGUCAGGAGCACAGAACUCGACGGGGAACUUGCAGAGGAGCUGCUUCAGUGUGGCAAAGACCUUGCAGAGUUUGACACCGUCCUUGGUAACACAAUGUGCACCCUUGACUUCUACGAAGGUCAAGCGCGGCUGGAUGGGGCCUUUUGCUCGUACAGCGAAGAAGAUAAACAGAGAUAUCUUGCCGAAGCCUAUGCCGCUGGGGUUCGUAACAUUGAGAUGGAGUCGUCUGUGUUUGCCGCCAUGUGCAAACUGAGCAAUCUUCGAGCUGCGGUUGUGUGUGUAACACUGCUGGACAGACUGAAAGGAGACCAGCUGACCAGCUCUCAUGACGUCCUGAAAAACUACCAGCAGCGACCUCAGGCCCUGGUCGGACAUUACAUCAAAAAGAAGCUGAAAGCCUCCAAGAAAAGCUAGUUCACUACUAGUCAGAAAGCUUUCCAAGCAAACUUUCAGAACAGUCCUGAGCUGAAGGUAGGGAACAGUACAGUGCAGUUUUGAUCAGGACAAUGAUUAUAUCAAUAUAUGGUAAAAAGAAAAAAUGCAGCACUUAUAAGUUGACCGGUUUUAUAAAAAAUGACCAAAGUAACAUAAAUAUCUUAAAAAUGUUCUACGGUUUAACACACUGCAGUUACUUACAAGCUCAUAUAAAUUCAUGCCUUGAAUGUAAUAGCUUCAUUUACUUGUUUUGAAAUGGUAGGCACAUUAUGUUCUAGACGGUUUGAUUUGUCUUAAAUACCGGCUAUUUAUUAUUGUUUUAAAAUGCGCUGUA